CGCAAAUCACAGCACCCAUCACCACCGCUCCCUCAAUCCCACUCGCGCAGCAGCUCCAAGAGGAUCGUCAGCCAUGUCUGGGCGCGGCAAGGGAGGCAAGGGGCUCGGCAAGGGCGGCGCCAAGCGCCACCGGAAGGUUCUUCGCGACAACAUCCAGGGCAUCACCAAGCCGGCCAUCCGGCGCCUGGCGAGGAGGGGCGGCGUGAAGCGCAUCUCCGGCCUCAUCUACGAGGAGACCCGCGGCGUGCUCAAGAUCUUCCUCGAGAACGUCAUCCGUGACGCCGUCACCUACACGGAGCACGCCCGCCGCAAGACCGUCACCGCCAUGGACGUCGUCUACGCGCUCAAGCGCCAGGGCCGCACCCUCUACGGCUUCGGCGGCUAGGCGUCAAUCUCCGUCCGCAACCCGUCGCCUCCUCGCCUUCAGCCAACAACUCCGCCCCGCCGUGGCUGCAGCCUGCAGACGCGAGAAAACUGUCAUAUCUUUCGUUCAGUAGCUGUAGCCGGAACAAAUGUUGCCUGUUCACCCAUCUGUCUAUCGCAGAAUGUCUCUAGUUACCUUGUAGCUCCAUGAGCCCAGUCAUGAGAUCGAAUAUAUAUCGUCUUCCCGUGCAAA